GGUUCUAGAAGAAGAGAAAGCUUUCAUGUCUCUUCUCUCUCUACAAGUCUGGUCUUUGAAGAUACGAACGCGUUCAUCUCGAUUGAAAUGCGUUCUUGAGCCAAUUACCUUCUUCUUUCAUCAUCUCUUUUCUUGAGCCUAUUCAAUUACCUCCUGAUUCUCUAUCUACGCUCGCUCGAUUCUUUCUUCCUUCCCAAAUUCCUGCUAUACUAUACAUGUUGCUCUUAGCCGCUGAAGCUCAAGGAAGAAGAGAUGAUCUCAUCUACUACGCGCUAUCUCCAACGAAAUUCGAACUGAAAGAUUUCUAGGUAUUCAACUUUUUUUUUAAGGUUUUUAGUGUUGUUGAAGGUAUAAAGCUCAAUCUAUUAUCGCGAAUUUACGAUAGUCGAUUGAAUCAACAAACAACAGAUCAUAUUGUUCAAUUUAGGAUUUUGAUUAUUCGAUCAAUAAGUUGGUAUUUUGGUGGUGGAACAGAAGAAUUGAUCAUUUCUGCUUUCAGAUUAAUCUCUGAUAGUUGGAAUUCUGUUUGAUACACGAUCUAGAAUCAUAAUCGUGGAUAUGAGAUUCAUCUUCAUCUAAUCAUUGGUGAACAUUACAAUUGAUUUGGACUUUCUUUUGGAGGAAAGGCAUAUCUUGUGCUCAUAUUUAUGCAUUGGAUUUUGCCAUGGAUGCAUCACAGACUUGUUCGAAUUUACCAGCUCCUUUCCUCAUAAAGACGUAUGAGAUGAUUGAAGAUUCAUUAACUGACUCCAUUGUUUCAUGGAGUCCAAAUGGACUUAGCUUCAUUGUUUGGAACCCUCCAGAUUUCGCUAGAGAUCUACUUCCCCUGUAUUUCAAGCACAAUAACUUCUCCAGUUUCAUAAGACAGCUCAAUACAUAUGGUUUUAGAAAGAUUGAUCCAGAACAAUGGGAGUUUGCAAACGAGGAAUUCAUCAGAGGACAUAAACAUCUCCUAAAGAACAUUCACAGACGGAAGCCAAUCCAUAGUCAUUCGGGUCAAGCAUCACUUCCAUUCACUGAUUCCGAAAGACAAGAGUUUGUAGAAGAAAUCGACAAGUUGAAGCACGAGAAACUCGUGCUUGGAUUGGAGUUACAGAAACUACUAGAUGAUAAAGAGGGACUUGAAGUUCUAGUUCAAACACUUGGACAACGGUUGAAUUCCAUUGAGAACAGACAAAGGCAAAUGAUAAACCAAUUAACACAACAAGUACCCUCUUCCUCCACCGAAAAAGCCAGCAACAAGAAGAGACGGUUGUUGAUCUCGAGUCUUCUAUCCUUCAGGGAGGAUGAGGAGGAAUUGAGCAUAUCUCCAAGUAAUAACGCAUGUUUAUCUGUCGACAAGUUAGACAAGCUAGAAUCGUCCCUAGAUUUUUGGGAGAAUUUCCUGCAUGAUUCAAAUAAAGAAAGGCAUUUAUCAUCAACAACUGAUUCAAGUGAUAUUCAUUCAUCUCCACCACCAAUGGAAUUCGAUGUGUCUUCUAAAGAUGGUGAAAAGAGCCCUGCUUUGACAUUUAUGCAUCUCAGCAUCGACUCAGAACCUAAAUCUUCAGGAAUUGAUGUAAAUGUGGAACCUGUUGGUGUUAUUAGUAAUGAACAACGAGGUGAUGAUGUGAAUCCUCCACCUUUGUUAGUUGCGGGGGAAAACGAUGUGUUUUGGGAACAGUUCCUGACAGAGACUCCCGGGUCUGAGACGCAGGAAGUUCAGUCUGCGAGGAGAGAUGUUAACUUAACUCAGAAGGAGGGUAAGCAGCAGCAACAAGUUGAUAAUCAACAUCGUCCAUAUUGGUGGAACCAACAUAGUAAUAAUAAUAAUGUAAAUAACAUUACGGAACAAAUGGGUCAUCUCACUCCCACCGAAAAAACAUGAUUUAUGUUUGAACUUUGAAUAGGGUUUGAUGUUAAGGUUAAUGUAAACUUGGUAAA